AUGAAGGGUUGCCGGCGACUGUGGGGUUUUCCAACAAGCACGGGUAUGGAAAAGAGAUGUGACUCUUCUUUUAGUGUUCCAUGGAUGAAUAAAAACGUAGAAGAGAUGAAGAAAGGUCGACUCAAACCUGUUUUUCCCCAAACCAUAUGGAGAAAAAGCCCUAGUUGGCUCAAUCUUCCGGGUCGAUUCUCCUCUUCUGAGAAAUUUCACCUUGCUCUCUUAGUGGAUUUUAAGCAAUAUGGAAGAUAACAUUCGCUCAUUCAAAAGACCCCAUAACCCCAUUUUUGAGAAUAAUAUCAAUAAAAGAGGCAAAUUUAGUGAUCAAUUUUCAGAAACCUCUAAUUCUUCAGAAACACUCUACCGAAUACUAUGCCACUCUAGAAAAAUUGGUAGUGUAAUUGGAAAAGGUGGAGUGAUAAUCAAGGGCUUACGUGAAGAAACUCAAGCUAAAAUCACAAUUGACGAUUCUAUCCCUGGAUCAGAAGAAAGAGUAGUCAUAAUACACAGUCCUUCAACAAAAAAGCCAGUAACACAUAAUGAUAUGAAUCUCCAGUGUGCUGCACAAGAUGCUUUGUUAAAAGUUCAUGAUAAGAUUCUUGAAGAAGAUAUAAAUAAUAAUGAAAAAUUGGUCACUACACGAAUUCUUGUUCCAAAUAAUAUGGUGGGGUGUUUAUUGGGGAAAAAAGGAGAUGUUAUUCAGAGAUUGAGAAGUGAAACUCGUGCAAAUAUACGUAUUUUGCCUUCGGAUCAGCUUCCUGUUUGUGCUUUGAGUAGUGAUGAAUUGGUUCAGAUAUCAGCUAAACCAGCUAUUGUAAAAAGGGCUCUCUAUGAAAUUUCUACCUUGUUACAUCAUCAUCCACGCAAGGACAACUUCAUUCCUUCCGGGCCCCACGGAUUUCAUCCACCUGGACCUCAAAUUACAAAUCUACCCCCGCCUGCCAGGUGGCGGGGGGAUUAUGACAGUGACCACUCAAGAUUUGGUGAUACUCCUGCUGAGUUUUCAAUGAAAAUUCUUAGUUCCACAGCAAAAAUCGGAGGGGUGAUUGGUAAAGGUGGCUCAAAUAUCAGACAAAUUCAACAAGAAACUGGAACUGAUAUACAUGUUGAUGAUGUGGCAGCUGACUCAGAUGAACGUGUGAUUUGUGUGUCAUCGUUUGAGGUCAGUGGUUUUUGUAAAGAGAUCAUUUUGGCUCUUGUGGUAUAUGGUUCUUUUCAGUUUUGGUCAAAGGGUAAAAUGGUCGUUUAAAAACGAGCAAGUUACAUUUUGGUUCCUUAGUUUUUUUAAAAAAGUUAUAGUAUUGGUCCUAAAUAGUUUUCUCUUGCAGUUUUGGUUUCUAUUUUUAAAUUUUGUAACAAACUGCUACCCGAGUUUUUUUAAAAAAUGGUUCUUUGAUAGUUUCUUCUUGCAGUUUUGGUGCCUAUAGGGACGAAAGUUGCAAGAGAAAACUAUUUGGGACCAAAACUGAAAAUUUUGAACAAAUUCAGGGACCAAAAAUGUGAAUCACUCUAAAAGGUUAACAAGUGAGUAUAGCUAGAUAUAACGACCAGGGACCAGAAUUGAAAAUUUUGGACAAAUCUGGGACCAAAAUAUAAAUUACUGUAGAAUAAGUUAACAAGUGAGUAGUUAGAUUUAAAGACCAGGGAGCAAAAUUGAAAACUUUGAAUAAACUUGGGGACCAAAAUGUAAAUUACUAUAGAAAAAGUUAACAAGUGAGUAGUUAGAUUUAAAGACCAGGGACCAAAGCUGAAAAUUUUAACAAACAUGGGGACCAAAAUGUAAAUUACUAUAGAAAAAGUUAAAAAAGCGAGUAGUUAGUUUUAAGACCAGGGACCAAAACUGAAAAUUUUGAACAAACUUGGGGACCAAAAUGUAAAUUACUAUAGAAAAAGUUAAAAAAACAAGUAGUUAGAUUUAAGACUUGGGACCAAAACUGAAACUUUUAACAAACUCGGGGACCAAAAAUGUAAAUUACUCUUAAUAUAGCAAAGAAGUGAGUAGUUAGAUUUAACAACCAUGGACCAAAAUCGAUAUGAAACAUCAAAAUAACAACCAAAAUUGCAAAACCGAUUCCAUUAGGGACCAAAAUAGAAAAUAAUUUUAAACCCAGGGACCAAAAAUGUAAUUUAUAUAAUUGUGAAUUGUUGGUGUGGAUUUUGUUAAAAUGGAUUUAGGAUUUGAGGAAUCCGAGAUCAAGAACGAUCGAUGCAAUUCUUUUUUUACAAGAGAAAGCGAGUGAUUACUCUGAGAAAGGAAUUGUUACUACUAGAUUACUUUUGCCAUCUAGUAAGGUUGGUUGCAUUCUUGGGCAAGGUGGACAUGUGAUUAAUGAAAUGAGAAGGAGAACAAAAGCAGAUAUUCGUGUUUACUCCAAACAAGAAAAACCUAAGUGUGCUAGUAGAGAUGAAGAGCUUGUACAGGUGUCUGGAAUUUAUGGUACGGUUAAAGAUGCCGUAGGUGAGAUUGCAUCAAGAUAUCGAGAAAGAUGUCUUCGUGAUGCAAAGCCUGAAGCAGAAUCAUCUCCUCAUCGUGGUCGCUUAGCUGGCUAUGAACCUUUUACGGGUAGUGGAAGGGUGUAUGAUGAACCACGUAGCUAUCCACCUCCUACAAGGGACUAUGAACUUUAUAGUCACUUAGCUCCUCAUAGGGACUAUGAGCCUUAUAGCCAUCAAGCUCUUGUAAGGGAUUAUGAAGGUGGUGGAUAUAGGGCUCCUAUUAGGGAGUAUGAAUCUAAUGACUAUGUUGCCCCUCGUGUGGAUUACCCUUCUCCUCUAAGGGACUAUGAGUAUGAACCUCAGGGUUACCAAAGAUUCUUACGUGGUGUGGAUAUGAAGAUGUCGAGUAGCGGUAGAGGUUUUUCUAUUGGGAAUGCUAGUGAGGUUAGUAUUUUGACUUUUCAGUUUAUUUUCUAUCAAGUUAGACUAAUAAUUGUGAAGGUGGAAUGAUACUAUUUAAAAUGAUCGUAUCAACUUAUUAAAAAAAAGAUAUUAUAUAGGAAAUAUACUUGAUUUGAUUCCGAAAGGGUUUCUCUACUUUAGGGAAUAAUUCCUAACCAAAAGAACAUCCUAAAUGAAUUGCUAAUUAAGGAAUAAAUCAUAGUAAUAAUCUAAACAAGUUUUUAUUAUCUUAGUAAAGGAAACUAGAGCAAAUGGGAAACCUUUCUUCUUGAUACAUAGUGUAUCAACAUGUUUCUGAUUUUCAACUAUUGAUGGAUCCAACAGAGUUCAAGUAUCUCUUAUUUUACUUUUAACAUUUCGGACAAUGCAAGCAUGACAAACGACCUUUUAUGAAAUCGAAGCACAAUUAGCAUCAAAAUCGCAUAUGGAAAUCAUGAAAACCUCGAUCUACCUCAAGGUCAACAACAUCAAUUGACAUCCCUUUUGAUGUUUCCAUUUUGUUCUCAUUAACCUAUGGGGUCUUGCGGAUUUUAGGUCAAACCUCUUUAAAUUUGUAGCUAUAUGAACUUUAGUUUCACUAAGAGGGUGUUUAGGAUUGCUUUUCAAAAUAGCUUAUUGACUUAUUGACUUUUUUUUGGGUAUUGCAUAAGUGCUAUUCAAAAUGGCUUUUUGGCAUAACGGAAUCCUGACUUUUUAAGUAUUUUUGGCUUUUUAACUGAAAAUGGCAAUACUACCCUUAAUGAACUCUUUCACUUUCUUAUUCUUUCUUCCUUUCUUUUUCCAUGCCCUUCUUAGUCAUUUUACUAGUAUAAAGCUUUUUUCCACCGCAAAAGCUAAUCCAUUUUUUUCAUUUUCUUUUCUACCAUAAUAAGUCAAUAAACACUUUUGCCCAAAAACACUUUUGAAGUUCAAAAAACAAUCUCAAACAUCGCUUAGUUAUCAUGUAGAGUUUAAAUACACUUAUUGGUUAUGAUUCUGUACACAAGAUUCAUUUGAGAGUGCAUCAAUCGCGGUCUGCAAAUUGAAAAAGGGUAUCCAAUUAAUCAUAGGAAGAUCUGCUAUGCUCGCGGUGGAGUCAUCUUGAAAAAUUGUUAAAUAUAUAGGACUUCAUUGCUUUUUAUGUGAUGUUUACCUCCCUCAUCCCAUAAUUGGAAAAGUUUUUCUUCCUUUUAGCUGUGGGUGAUAAAACAUUAUUUGCACUUGAAGAUCGCUUAACACUAAAUAAAUUGAUAAACAUGCUUGGAGAGACUAUGUUGGAGAAAGUACAACAUAAAUUCUUUCAAGAAUCUUUAAAUGAAGAACGACAUUCAUUCUUGCAUAGGAUUAUCAUGGUUAAUGCUACGAUAACCCUAUCGAUGUCAAUCGCUUUCGGUUCGCAUUCGGUCUCUUUGGGUGGUAAUGGUGUACGGGGGUUAGCCCAUACAUAAAGACAAUACGACAUUAAAAUUAGUCCGACUCAACUCAACACAACUCAAGCCGGUUCUCUUUAUCGAAUGCAAACCAACUAUGCAAACCUAGAAGCAAUAUAUAAUGGAAAGAAAAUCACCCUUACAAAUCCUUAUGCAAUAUCCUAGGAAACACGAAAAGGAUAAUACUAUUAUAUUGGAGGGUACUACCCUUGCAACCUAAGGAUAACUACAUAACCUUGUUAAAGAAGCAAGAAACCGCACCAUCUCAUCUAUAUAUAAGAACAUCGAUACACAUUGGUAAGGGCCAUAACUUUGGCUAAUGGAAGAGGCACAUUAAGGAUUAUGUGUAUCGGACAAAAAGUACAUGAACCAUUGUUAGAGCAUAAAUUUGAAAAGAUGAUGGAAAGGAUAAGUUUAUUGGCUAUGAUUUAGAUAGGAUCGAUAAAAGAGUCAAGACCUUUAGUUGGAUACUCUAUCAACCAAUUAUUUGCUAUGGAUAGAUUAUCCUAAAGUGUUGAGAACCAAAGACAUCUUAUAGUGGAAGCAUAUGUUAUGAAGGAAGAUAUGAGUUUAUUUGAAAAGAACCAAGAACUUUUGUCUCACGGGAAAAAACAUUAUAAAAGAAGUGGGCGUUCAAGAAUAACAAGAUGACAACAAGAAGUGCAAGGCGAAAGUGGUGCUUAAGGGUUUUCAAUUGUAAAGUGGAAGCAUAUGCUAUGAAAAGAGGAGUCGAUUAUAACAAGAUCUUCUCCCCGGUGGUGAAAAUGAUUGGGUAUUUUGGUUGCAGAAGAUUUGUAUAUGGAACAAUGAAAUAUCAAGAAAACAUUCAUGCAUGCACUCCAAGAAGACAUCUAGAUGCCGCUACAAGACAAGCAAUAAGAAAAGUUGGGGUGUAAACAGAUGAAAAACAUGUAUGGGUUAAAGCAGGCACACGUGCAACAAUAGUUGCAGUUUGAAAGCUUUAUGUAGAGGAAUGGGACAAUAGGUAUAAGAAAUGUGGAUGUGGAAUGGGUCACUUUUGUUUCUCUUUAUGUUGAUGAUAUAUGUUAAGAAUGUUGCAUAAAGAAAUUCAAUUCCUUUUAUGUUGAUGAUAUGUUGUUACGUAAAGAAAUUCAAUCCGUCUUAAAUUAUAAUAUUGUCAUAUCUUUUGGUGAUAUGUUGGUAGUAGGAUCAAACAUUUAAAAGAUUCAAAGAUGAAAGAUUUUGAAGCUUUUAAAGAAACAAUCACCGUAGACAAAUGAAGAUUAUGAAUAGACGACUAAAGUUCCUUAUGCAUCAAUAGUAUUUAGUUUAAUGUUUGUUAUGGUAUGCACCAGAUAAGAUAUUGCUCAUGCAAUGAAAGUUGCUCGUAAGUUCAUGUCAAAUCCUGAAAAAAG